CGACGACAACCACGAAGCGACGACGUUGAUGACAGCGUCGUCGUCUACAACAAUAAUGCCUCUGCACAAUAGCGAUUGUUGGCUUGUUGCGAUGGGUGCUUGGACCGUUCUUAAAGGUCGGACAAUGUUGUAACUUGUUGCUGUUGCUAAUACGCGCUUGAACUUGAUGCUGCUGUUCAGUUGGGCCAUACCGUCUUACCUCUCUAACAUUUUGCUUCGCAACAAGAAUUCCCAACUUCCCAAAGUCUGCUAUAUCCAGCGACUCCCGUUUGACAUAUUUGUCGAGCAUGUAUUCCCCUUGCUUUGCAUUGAAGAAAUACUCCGCCUCCGAAGGGUAAACCGGAUGUUCUUCCUGUUGACUCAUGAGCCUGUUAUCUGGAAGCGCUUCAUGGCACGUAUGAAUAUACCAGUUCCCCCCUUCCGACCCACGUUCCAGUAUGCCUUACGAGAUACCGAUUUUGAGAUCGAGCAGAUGAUCACACGCGCUAUUUCUGUGGACGAUAAUUUCAGGCGACGGCAUCCCAGUGUCGCCAGUCGGUAUCGAGUCCCGGUGUACUCCCAGAUAUUCGAACUGAAGUUGGUGUUGGGGGGGAAGUAUCUCGUCGCCUCCGUCGUCAACCACGUGUACCGGCAAUUUCAGAUCGUCAUCGUCAAUUUGGAGCAUCCGGAGGAAGAUGGUGUUCGCCCUGUGCUCUACAUCCCGGUUCGGGCGCGCGCUUCUCACCUCGAUGCAAAGUAUAUGACCUACCAUGGGCAGCCGGGCAUCAUGGUUUCGUAUGUAUGCCGGUCAUGGAAGAAAAUGGAUGACGGGACACCAACGGACCACCUGACGGAUCUCGAUGACUUGACCUACCACGCACCCGUUGACGAAGCGCACCCUAUCAAGUACGAGUGCAACUGCUAUUUCUCUCCCAUGCUCGUUCUGGAGUCGUUGUCGGACCCUUACGUUUUACCGGGAGAUGAAGAGUACGAAAGACGGCAAUCCGGUAUCGAAAGACCUUCGAAUCGUGUCAUGGCCUUCACCUCUGGGCGGGUAUUAUAUGAUCCGUCGCUUUUCGAAAGUGAUGGCGUGCCGUACGUCGUAAUUACCCAGCAGCCCGAUAGAAUCAUGGUUGCAAACCUGCACACUCACACCACCUGCCUCCUUCUCUGCAGAAGGGCCCCGGGCCACGAAAACCACCGUUAUACCAUAAUGGCCGUCCGUGUCCUACCAGAACAAAGUCACGUUCUAGUCAUCCGAAGAAUGCAUGGCCCCAGUUUCACUCCCCGGAACGCCAUAGAGCUCUACCAAAUGCCUGACUCUCAGGCUGGAAGCCAGUCUUUUACUACCGCCGCCGCGUUUGAACGCGUAUGGACUCCAGAAUGCUAUACCCGCAGUUUUCACAUUUCUGAUCACUACCGGUCUUCGUACGAGAGCGACCAUCCCACACGCUGGAACUCGAACGAUCCCCCGCCGCCUGUGUCCAUAUUUAUGUCUUCCGCCGCGCCGAACACGAUGACGCAUUACCAUCUCUGGCCUUCGUUGACCAAGUCCAGGAUAUACGGAACGGCGAAGACGAUUGAUGUAUGGGCGUACACUCUUGGAGAGUCCUGCACGCAGCAAUCCCUCCAUCGCAGUGACACCGACAUCACACGGGUCAUCCCUGGAGUCUACCGUUCUCUCGCAUGGCACCAGCCUCAGGAAGACCGGUCAAUAACGCCCAAAAUGACGUCCCUCAUGCGAUACACAAGCCGCGAGGCGCUCCCCGUAGCGUACGCUUCUCCCACAUUCCCGACCGACGAGCCGCUCCUUCGGAAAGGCCGGAAGGGUGUCCCCAAAUUCGUCUAUGGGCCGUUCCAAGAUGUGAACGAGGAAUCGUAUCCUAAUCUCUUCCGCAGGGGUGUCUCGGCGGCGGCGUGGGAUGAGAGCAUUGGGCGAGCGUGCUUCGUCUCCGAUGAGUCCACGGUGGUGGACGUUCUGGAUAUGGCGUAUGUCGUACAGCCAGAUGAUCGCCUGACGUUGUGGAAUAUGAAUAAGAAACCACAAGCGCUCUCGGACGGGUAUAGUAUGGCAUUGUGAAUCGUUGUGUCCGUUACGUUACGAUUUUGGUAUUUAAGUUGUAGCAGAAGGGACAAUGACCCUAGCAUACAGAAUUUGUAGCUACAGAAUUAAACUCAGAAAAAAGGGUAACUUCGCUGUUGCUUCGGC